GCCUGGUUACUGCUUAGCGAUAGUAGCAGUUGUUUUUUUUUGUGAUAAAGUGGCAAAUGUUUUUCUAUUAAUAUAUUUAUAAGAUUAAAAUGUCUUACGACAUGUAUAUGUUGGCAUUGGCAGCUUUAGGAGUGGUAGUGUUGUUCUUCUUCUUCUUGGACUUAAUAUGGAGCAUACUUCAGCUUAGUAGAGCCCUUUUAGCACCAUUUUUUAUACCAAAUGAAGAAACUUCCUUAGUAAAAAAAUACGGACAAUGGGCAUUGGUAACUGGUUCAACUGAUGGAGUGGGUAGGGCAUACGCUUUCGAGUUGGCUGAAAGAGGCAUUAACGUUGUUUUAGUCAGCAGAAACGAAGAAAAACUUCGGAAUACUGCCGGCGAAAUAGAGAGACAAUGCUCGGUCAAAACCAAAAUAAUCGUGGCAGAUUUUUCGCAUGGAUCAAAGGCUGUGGAGAAAGUCAAAGAAGAGUGUGGGAAGCUUCCUAUAGAUAUUUUAGUAAACAACGUGGGUAAACAAUACGAAUACCCGAUGUACCUCGGUGAAGUGCCAGAAAAAGAACUGGCGGACAUCAUCACCAUCAACGUAGGCGCUGUAACUCUCAUGACGAGGGCAUUCAUAGAUGACAUGAAGGAAAGAGGGCGUGGAGCGAUUGUCAACGUGUCUUCAGGUUCAGAAUUGCAACCGUUACCGCUAAUGACAGUGUAUGGAGCAACAAAGGCUUAUAUUAAAAGUUUCACUGCAGCUCUUCGCUACGAAUACGCAAAUGCAGGAAUAACAAUACAACAUUUGUCGCCAAUGUUUAUAAAUACAAAAAUGAACGCGUUCAGUAAUAGGCUACAGAUGUCUAGUACUCUUGUCCCCGAUGCUAAAAGUUACGCUAGGUAUGCUGUUAGUACUUUGGGCAAGAUGGACGAGUCUACAGGAUAUUGGUCUCAUGGAAUACAGUAUUUUUUUGCAUCCAUUCCUCCAGUCUGGAUAAGGAUGUAUAUUGGUGGACAAAUGAACAAAACGCUUCGUCAGGACUAUUUUACAGAAAAAGGAAUAAAGUCAAAAUAAAUUUUAGUUAGGAUAAUAAAUUUCGAUUUCAUCUUGCUAGUGUAACUUCUAGUCAUUUCUAUAGGGUGGUAAAAUUUUCCAACCCAUUUCUAUUUUUGUACGAUUGUGAAUAU